AUGAAGCACAUUAUAACAUCCGUUUGUUUGAUUCUUCUUUUGAUGCUUUGCGUAUACGGUCAAAACACAAAUUUGGCAUUAAGAAAGCCGAUAUAUGCAAGUUCAGUUUAUUCAAAUGAGUAUCGACCUGAAGAAGCAGUCGAUGGAAUAAAAAAGGAAUAUGGCAACAUGGCGAAUACAGCUGAUGGGAGUGCAGGGUGGUUUGUGAUUGAUCUGCAGAAGAAGUAUCGAGUGUUGUACGUCACCAUGUAUCCACGGGAACGUGUCAAUGGUUUUUCAGUGGGACUAACAAACAACUUCAACUCUGCUACCAACGUAUCAUUAAUUAAAAAUGAACUCUGUGCUACUUCUACCAAACAAUUCCAAAAACCUGACUUAGAGACAUUGUAUUGUAAGAAACCCUACUUGAGAUCCAGGUAUGUUAUGCUUCAACAGGCUGUUACUUCUGGUGAGUUUAACGUAGAAGAAUUGGAAGUCUAUGGAUCAGAGAUAUACGACGACAACCAUCUGGGUUGCUAUUCAAACAUUGAGGGCACACACAAGUUGGACGUGGCAGCCGUUGAACAAUGUUCCACACAAUGUACUGCAUACCAGUUCUUUGUUAUAAAGAACGGUAAAGAAUGUUCAUGUCUGAGUUAUACCUCGCUACCUUCACCACUGAUAUCAUCUCCACUAUCCAACUGCAACUUAACCUGCUCAGACGAUGGUUACAUGUGUGGUGGCUUCAGUUACUACUCUCUCUAUAGCGUGAAAGAUUGUGCGCUAAAUGCUGCUCCAGCUUCUUCAUCUCCGUCUCCCACAACCUUACCACCUCAGUUGGAUUUGUUGUCAUCAGGUCAAUGCAUCAUAACCACUCACUGUUCUGCUGGAGCAACUGCUGGCUCCGACGUUUGUCCAUCUCAAAGUUGUGUGACUGGAUGGAAUGGUGACGUCUGUGAUGACAGAGACUGCAGCGUUAACAGUGGCUCAUGUGGCGUCCACACGUGUGUGUCUGUUACAACUGGUGGUACCAACACCAUGUCUGAAUGCCAGUGUAAGGAGGGGUACUACAAAACCACCUACAGAGAAGACUGCAAAGAUUUGAACGAGUGCAUGUACCCUUCGUUGAACAAAUGUGACAACGCAACAACCUCCUGUUCAAAUACUGCUGGAUCAUACGAAUGUGCAUGUCUUAGUGGAUAUGAGAAAAAAUCAGACAUAUACAGCUGCCAAGAUAUUGACGAAUGUAAAAGUUCCUCACUGAACAAGUGUAAUACUACCUCAACUUUCUGUGAAAACACUGUUGGCUCUUAUAAAUGCACUUGUAUUGAAGGCUUUCAACAAAUUCUUAAUAAUAACUACAGUUGUAAUGACAUAGACGAAUGCUUGACGACAUGCAAGCAAGAGUUUGAGUCAUGUGUCAACACAGGUGGAUCACACUCAUGCGAGUGCAUAUCUGGUUACGAAAGAGACAAUAAAGAUACUUGCAUAGCUGCUCCGAACAAGGCAGCUAUCAUAGGAGGGGUAGUGGGUGGGUUCUUCGGCCUCCUACUUAUCAUCGGUGUAAUCGUCGGAGUUAUAUUUUGCUUGAGAAAACGAAGAAAAGAGUAA